CGAUCCAAUCGUCACCUCACCUAUUUUCUCUCUCUCUUUUGCUUGGCCAGGUGCCAUCAAAACUUUUCACUUCUACUACUUUUUGCAUUUGCCAUUCGCCCUCUUUUUACGUUGCUUUGAAAGCUGAUCCCUUGACGGGAUCUAACGACAAAAAGGUUCAUUAACGAAAAUAAAAAGAGCCAAUUACUUCUUUGGCAAAUCCAAAAAGCCUUUUUUAACGACCAACUCUCGCCGGACGAGCUCUUUGCCGUCGUUUGCAUUCAUUUUACGAAAAAUAGACACUAAGAAACGAUUAUAAACAAAAAUGCGUCUUUUACCAAGAGAUACAGGUUUUGCCAGUUUGGCAUCCACUCUUUCAUUGGCCGUUGCCAAUUAUAAACCAAUUCCACAACUGCCAGUCGAAUCCAACUCGACAGGAGCAAAAGGCGGCAACCAAUUGAUGCCAGUCGGAGCAGGAGGUCAAGCAGCUCAACAAACUUUCCAGGUUCAGACUCCCAACCAGGCGAACACUUACGAUCAAUCACAUCCUAUCGGACAAUGGGGUGAAGUAAGUGUGCUAUACGUGCCAAACACUACUGAUAGUAGUAGUGCAAAUCAACUCAAAACAACAAGCACAGUCGGACCAGGCAAAUGUCCAGUUCAGCAAAAGUAUACACCCACGUCUGCUUUACCACCUCCUACCUACCCUCCUUUCGAUCCUGUUCAAGCCAAUGUAUACAGAUACCGUCAACAGCAAGGUGUCAACCUUGGUUCUUGGUUCGUGCAAGAAGGUUGGAUGGAAGGUAAUUUCAUGUCUUGUGCUGCCGGCCCCAAACAAGCUGAAUUUGAUAUCUUGAGCGGAUUCGGAACAUCUGCAAGCGGAAUUGGAAAUGCAACUGCAUACAUGGAAAAGCAUUGGGAUACUUGGAUCACCGAAGAUGAUUUCCUCAAUUUAGCUAGAAUAGGUAUCAAUACCGUUCGUAUCCCAAUCGGGUAUUGGUCAGUCGGUCCAUACUUUUGCAAAGAAUCACCUUUUGAGCCAUAUGCAGCAGUGUACGAAUAUUCAUGGCGAUACGUUGCCCGUGCGAUCAAUUGGGCAGGAAAAUACAACAUUGGUGUUGUAUUGGAUUUGCAUGGUGCCUAUGGAUCUCAAAACGGUCAAGCACAUUCAGGUUUGUCGAAUGGAAAAAUUGAUUUCUACAACACAAAGAACAUGGAUUUAACAACGAAUUUGUUGGUUUGGAUCGCACAUGAAAUUUCUAACGUCACAAAUGUAGUGGGAAUUGAAUUGUUGAACGAACCUCAAAAUCGUCCUAGCUUGUGGCCGUGGUACACUCGUACAAUGGAUGCCAUGCGUAAUGCAUCUAUUGGCGCUCGCACCAUUCCUCUCUACUUCCAUGACGCUUUCGACUUGGACAAAGGUUCUGCAUUCACUGCUAAUCGUACCGAUUUCGUCGUACAAGAUUACCACUCUUACUUUGUGUAUACCUCAGCAGAUACUUCCAUGUCUGCCGCACAACACACUUCUAUCAUCGGAGGAAGCUUUUCCCAAAAUUUGCAGAAUGAGUCUGCCGUUGGUCGCCGUAAUUUGGUCGUCGGUGAAUGGUCUUGCGCUUUGGCACCUAGCUCGUUGGCUAGUUCUUCGAACAAGGCUGCUGCUCAAACGGCUUUCUGUAAGACACAAGAAGAUGUUUAUCGUAAUGCAGCUGCUGGUUGGAUAUUCUGGAGCUAUAAGAUGGAAAAUUGUAAUAGCAAUGGCGGUUGGUGCUUCCAACAAGCAAUCAAACAAUUCUUACCGAAGACGUUUGAUUCUUGGGGUUUGACAAAUAAAACAGCUUCCUACUUCCGUUCAAUCAACUCUACUUCCUUGCAAGCUCAAAGCAGCGUGUUAAACAGAAUCGCAAAGAUCCCCUAUCCAAGCAAGAUGGCAAACAAUCUCAAGGUUCAACAACCCAACGGUACAGAUGGAGGACUCAAAGCAGCUGCUGAAGCUGAAACUGAUGCCGAUUCAGAUGCUACUAAUGUCAAUGUUGCCGGUAUUGUAGGAAUGGUGGACUCAAACAACGUCCAAGAUCAAGAACAAGAAGAAGGUGCCCGGAUCGGAAUGGUCGAACACAACAGUACCGAUGUACGAAAGCGUGGAACAGGUAGUCUGGCCGCUCGAGCAAGUGAAAUUUCAAGAAGGGCGGCCAACAAUGCUCAAUUAGCCGCUCAAUUUGGUUAUAAUGACGGUUUCAAAUCUGCUCGUUACUUUGCUGCUGAUGGCAGUCUCUCACGUUUGGGUUUCGCAAUUCAAUAUCGUGCUGAUUCUUACCGUGCAAGAGUUGCAAGAGGACUUUUGCAGAGAGGCAACUUGAACGACUACAAACAACAAUACGCUGCUGGUGUUUUGGCCGGUGAGAAAUUGGUUGCCCAAGUUAUUGGGUCGAGUUGAUUUGUUCCUGUGUGCACGAUGUUCUUUUGGGCUCUUUGGUCACCUUUAAUGCUUUUCGCUCACACUCUUUGAUGAUUUACGAUCACUUUAUGGUUUAUCUUUUGUAUAUGAUCACUUUUAAUGUCUUUUUUUCGUAUUUGUACAAUUUUUAAUGCAAUCAUGGUAAUGGGGCCAGCC